AUGCCCACUCCUACUCUACCAAUUGAUGACCUUCAUACAAAGAUUGAUGAUCCAGAUAUCGAAACGUUUUGUCUUAUCUGGCUCGAUGCUAACGUGAACACUGAAGAGAACCGAGAUACAAAACAAAAAUUGAAUUCUAUUAUUAAACGCUUGGAGACGUUUCAAGAUAUAGAACAAUGUCAGAAAUAUAUUGAAGAACAAUCACAGAAAGAUCGAUUAAUAAUGAUUGUUAGUGGUCGAUUGGGACAAGAAAUUGUUCCUUCUAUUCAUCAACUUAAACAAAUUAUAUUAAUCUAUGUGUAUUGUGGCGAUAAAGAUAGUAACAAACCAUGGGCUGAGAAAUUUUCAAAAGUAAAAGCUGUUGUUGAUGACUCUAAUGAGCUCAUCUCUCGAAUUAAAGCUGAUCAUAAAACUCAGAAAAUGGUAGAAGAAUCAGUAACAAUUAAUUUUUUUGAUAAAUCAAUGACUGGUCUAAAUGGUAAAUUUGUUUUCUCUCAAGUUCUCAUGGAUUGUCUUCUACAGCUAAAAUACACUUCUGAAGAUAAGAAAGAACUUAUUGAUCGUUGUGAACAGGAAUACAGAGGCGAUAGUAUGCAAUUGAAUUAUCUUCGUGAAUUUGAAAAGUAUUAUUCAUCUGACAAAGUGUUAAUGUGGUAUACACGACAGUCAUUCUUUUUCAAGACUCUUAAUAAAGCUCUACGCACCGAAGAUUAUCAUUUGAUGUUUUUACUUCGUGCAUACAUUUCUGACAUGUAUAAUCAAUUAAAAAACUGUCAAGCUAAAAAUCCUUUACAAGUUUAUCGAGGACAAAAGAUAUCAAGUGAUGAACUGCAAAAUUUGAAACGACGUCUCAAUCAGUUUAUUUCAGUGAAUUCAUUUUUUUCCACCAGUAAGGAUAAAAAUGUAGCUCUGCCAUUUCUCAAUGUUGAUGAUGCUGCACACAAAUUAGUACCAGUAUUAUAUGAAAUCGAUGCCGAUCCUAAUAUAGUCGCUGCAAAACCAUUUGCUGAUAUCAGUGCAUUUAGUGAAUUUCCUAGCGAAUCAGAAAUACUUUUUAUGCCUGGUUCCAUUUUUCGUUUAAACAGCGUCAAUUGCAGUAAAGAUGAUUCAUACUGGAUCAUCCAUAUGACAUUGUGCAGCGAUGAUGAACAUGAUUUAAAAGAAGUUCUUAUGUAUAUGAAACAGCAGCUCGUUAGUGGAGAAACAAAUCUUCGAACAUUAGGAAAAAUAUUAUGGGAAAUGGGAAAAUUUGAUUUAGCUAAACAAUAUUUCACUCGUCUGUUAAAAGAACUUUCGCCAAACGAUCCUUUACUUGGUACUUUGUAUGAUGAUCUUGGCAAACUAGCAUCGCAGAUCGGUGACUUUAAUACUAGUAUCCAGUGGUAUAAGCAAUCAGCCGCAUUCAAAAGCCAAAAUCAAUUAACUUCAACUUCCAGUAUUAAAGAAGCAAGCAAUCCUAUUGACACUUUGACAACAACUGCUGUUGGUAUAGUCGAAGCAAAAAAAGAGACAGACUCCAAUCAACUUAAAAAUGAUACAACUGCAACAACAGCCGUCACUAGUGCUACCAUCCCAAAGGUCAGACAAUAA